UCAGACCUGUCUCUUUCAUGACAGCAUGUUUUAUUAAACCAAAAACAUGUAAUUCUCAAUCUUUCUAUCCCAUCUAUUCCUAUAUAACUUCUUCCUCAACUCCUUUGCCAUGCAUAGAUUAUUCCUUACCAUCACUACAACCCAAAACACCAAUUGAAAUACUUACUGCUUCACAGGUAGGCUUGGGAAACUUGACGAGUCCGUUUCCAAUGGAGAUUAAUGGUGAUGAAAACACUUUCGAACUUGUUGUGAAACAAGGUGAGCCAAGUCUUGUAACUCCAGCAGAGGAGACACCGAAGGGUCUGUACUUCCUCUCCAACCUGGACCAGAACAUAGCGGUGAUUGUUCGCACGAUUUACAGCUUUAAAUCGGAGGAGAGAGGCAAUGAAGACGCGGUGGAAGUGAUCAAGGAUGCUUUGUCAAAGGUUCUCGUGCACUACUAUCAGCUCGCAGGGCGGCUGACGAUUAGUGCAGAGGGGAAGCUGAUAGUGGAUUGCAAUGGGGAAGGAGCUGUGUUUGUCGAGGCAGAAGCAAAUUGUAAGAUAGAGGAGAUUGGUGAUAACACAAAGCCUGAUCCUGUGACUCUUGGGAAGCUGGUUUAUGACAUUCCUGGUGCCAAAAACAUACUUGAAAUGCCUCCUCUGGUUGCUCAGGUGACUAAAUUCAAAUGUGGAGGCUUUGUUCUUGGGCUAUGCAUGAACCAUUGCAUGUUUGAUGGGCUUGGAGCUAUGGAAUUUGUGAACUCAUGGGGUGAAACUGCCAGAGGCCUACCUCUCAAUGUCCCUCCAUUCCUAGACAGAACCAUUCUCAAAGCUCGAAACCCGCCAAAGAUUGAAUUCCAACACCACGAAUUCGCUGAGAUCGAAGACAUAUCCAACACUGCUGAUCUCUACAAACAAGAAAUGCUCUACAGGUCCUUCUGUUUCGACCCCGACAAGCUUGAACAACUCAAGAACAAAACAAUGAAAGAAGGAGCUUUAAAAAAGUGCACUACAUUUGAAGCCCUUUCUGGUUUCGUCUGGAGGGCUCGGACCCAAGCGCUGAAUCUGAAGCCUGAUCAACAGACAAAGCUCCUCUUUGCUGUCGAUGGGCGGUCCAGAUUCAACCCACCAUUACCAGAAGGGUACUCUGGAAAUGGCAUUGUAUUAACCAAUUCAAUGUGCAGUGCAGGGGAGCUAGUGGAGAAGCCACUGUCCUCUGCUGUGGCACUGGUACAAGAGGCAGUUAAGUUAGUUACAGACAGUUAUAUGAGAUCAGCCAUUGAUUAUUUUGAAGCAACAAGAGCUAGGCCUUCACUGACUGCAACACUUCUGAUCACUACAUGGUCUAGGCUGUCUUUUCACACUACAGAUUUUGGAUGGGGUGAGCCAGUGUUAUCUGGGCCAGUGGCUUUGCCUGAGAAGGAAGUGAUUUUGUUCCUUUCCCAUGGAAAAGAGAGGAAAAGCAUCAAUGUGCUUCUUGGCUUGCCUGCUCCUGCUAUGAAAAUCUUUCAAGACCUCAUGCAAAUCUAGAAAUUAGAAGACAGAUGCUGGUAUUAAUAAAAAAAGAACAGAAAAAUGCUACAUAUAUAUAAUCAGAUUUCUUAUUCAAUUUUAUUAUCAUUAGACACAAAGACGGGGGUUUUCAUAGAUGCGAGAUCCUCUGUCUCGAAAUUCCUUUAUUUCCUUUGUUCCAGUGCACUCUUAACCAUUAAAUCGUAACUCGAGAUUUCUAUAUGAUUUAAUGAUUGAGAGUAUACUAAGACCGGGGACACAGAUUUGGAGGCAAAUCAUCAUUGGUCGUUUCCAUGUUAUUCACUUGUCUGAUCCAACUACCAUUGUGUGUAGUGAUAAGAAAAUUAAGUAGAAAAUCUUAUUAUGUAUGGCACUACUAAAGAAGGAAUUAUUCUGGUUAUUUUAUUUUAUCUUUUUAUUUUGUGAUUAUUAUGUUUAAUUUGUUUCUAUAUAUACAUAUUAUUUGAAUGCCAAUUCCAAUCCAACAGAGGAGGAAGAAAGUAUGUGUAGAACAA